AUGGGGGGCUGCCUCUCCUCGCAGACAGCUGAUGAUCUGUCGCUACUCAACGAUUCUACCGGCGAUGGGGCGAGUCUUGGGCCUGGAGACCCACCCACCCUCCCUGCCCCACCGCCCCCCUACCAGGAUCACACUGCAAUUCCAGUGUAUCAUCCAACGCCUAGCCAGGCACGUCUUGCCACACAACUAACAGAAGAGGAGCAAAUCCGGAUAGCUCAAAGGAUUGGACUAAUUCAGCACCUUCCUAAAGGAAUAUUUGAUCCAGGCUCAGAGCCAUCAGAAAAGAAAAUGAAAGAGUGUGUAAUCUGUAUGCUGGAUUUUGUAUAUGGAGAUCCCAUCCGAUUCCUGCCUUGUCUACACAUCUACCAUGUAAACUGCAUUGAUGACUGGCUGAUGCGAUCAUUCACAUGUCCUUCUUGCAUGGAGCCAGUGGAUGCUGCUCUGCUCUCCUCCUAUGAGACUAACUGAGGUGGCUUUGGGCCCUGCUCUUGUUCUUGCUUCCAGGCUGUUGAUAUAUUGGGGGCCUGGGAUGUGGGACAUUAUUUGCACAAUUCUGGGUACACCAAAGAAACCGGCCCCAGCCCCUACGGACACAUGCAGCCAGGCUGGCUGUAUUAAAGGAUGAUUUGUGCCAUA